GCGCAGCGGUGCGGGCGGACUCGUUCAUGGGCUCGGUCUUCAAGGCUCGCGGAGAGCGAAUGUCGUCAUGAGCGAACAACAGGACAGUAUGGCUACCACUGUUGCUGUCAGUCCCAGUGAAUACCUCCAGCCCUCCACCGCCUCUGCUCAAGACACUCAGCCUUCCCCCCUGGCCCUCCUGGCCGCCACCUGCAGUAAGAUCGGUCCUCCGGCGGCCCAGGCUCCGGCCGCCUCCCCGCCGGCUCAGCCGCAGCCCCGCCGGCUCCUCCCCAUCAAGCCGGCCCCCAUCGCUCCCGCCCCCCCCAAGAACCUGGGCUUCCUGUCGGCCAAGGGCAAUGUGAUCCAGCUCCCGGCCGGCCUGGGCUCCGCGGCGCCCGGCAGCCCCAUCGUCCUCACCAUCCAGCAGAGCCCCGCCCGCGGCGGCGCCGCCCCGCCCAACUUCCAGUACCAGGUGGUCCCGCAGAUCCAGGGCGCCCAGACCAUCCAGGUGAUGCCCCAGGGGGGGCAGAUCCAGCUCAUACCCGGAACCAACCAGGCCAUCAUCACCGCUCCCAUGACCGUGCCGGCGCCGACGGCGGCCGCCGCUCCCAUCACCCCGCAGAAGACGGUGGCCAUCAAGCCCUCGCUCAAGAUGCACAAGGCCAGCAGCGCCGCCGCCAACGUGGUGCAGCUGCCAGGGGGGCUCACGCUGCCCCUCAACGUGGCCACCGGCGAGGUGGGCGGCGCUCAGAUCGUCACGGAAACCGCCGCCGCCCCGCCCACUCCCGGGAAGAGCCGACGGGGAAGGAAGAAGAGGGUGGUGCUGGCCGCGGAGCCUCAACCGCCGCCGCCUGCGCAGGCGGCUUCUCCACCGCCGGAACAGAUGGAGACCUUCCUGAUCGAGACCGGAGACAACAUCAUCCAGGCGGGGAACAACCUGCUGAUCGUGCAGAGUCCGGGCCAGCCCGCCGUGGUGCAGCAGGUCCAGCUGGUCCAGUCCAAGCCGGACCCCCAGGUGGUCCAGAUCCCUCAGCAGGCCCUGAAGGUGGUGCAGGCCGCCUCGGCCACGCUGCCGCCCGUCCCACAGAGACCGCCGGCGUCCUCCGGCCUGCAGGUCACGUCCACAGAGGCGUCCCCCACACAGCUCCUCUUUAAAACGGCGUCCGGCGAGUGGCAGACGGUCCAGAUCCAGGACUCCGCCGCCGCCACGCCCGUCACCUCGGUGGCGUCCGUCGCCUCGCCCGCCGCGCCGUCUCCGCUCGCCGCCAAGAAGCCGCCGGCGGGCGGCAGGAAGGAGCGAACCCUGGCCAAAAUCGCCCCGGCGGGGGGGAUGAUCGCGCUGAACACGUCGCCGCUGUCCUCGGCGACGCAGGCGGUGCAGACCAUCAGCAUCAACGGCGUCCAGGUCCAGGGCGUCCCGGUGACCAUCACCAACGCCGGAGGCCAGCAGCACCUGACGGUGCAGACGAUGCAGGGCGGGGGCCUCCAGCUGGCCUCGGCGCAGGGCCCCCCCUCCCUCCACGUGGACCACACGCUGACCCUGGAGCUGCCCGGCCAGCCGGGGGCAGAGAAGAAGCGCCGCAUGGCGUGCACGUGCCCCAACUGCAAGGACACCGACAAGAGGCCCGGCGAGGUGGGGAAGAGGAAACACAUCUGCCACGUCCCCGGCUGUGAGAAGACCUUCCGGAAGACGUCUCUGCUCCGGGCUCACGUCCGGCUGCACACCGGCGAGCGGCCCUUCGUCUGCAACUGGGUCUUCUGCGGCAAGAGGUUCACACGCAGCGACGAGCUGCAGCGGCACGCACGCACACACACAGGAGACAAGCGCUUCGAGUGCAGCCAGUGUCAGAAGCGCUUCAUGCGCAGCGACCACCUGACCAAGCACUACAAGACUCACAUCAACACCAAGAACCUGUGAGCCGCCGUCCGGCCGCGUUCCAUACACACAGACUCUCCCAGGAGAACCGUGGAACCGGAGGAACCCAGACAGUACCGGGGGGCGCCGGGAGCGGAGGCCCCGCCCACUCGGCAGAGGCCCUGCCCACUCGGCCGGACGCCGCGGGCUGUGGCGCACGGCGGAGCGCUCCCUGCUGGACUCAACUCAGUAAUAAUAGUUCCUGUUCUGUUCUGCUGGUCUGAAAGUGAGAACCAGCAACUCGGCCAGACUACACACACACACACACACACACACACACACACACACACACACACACACACACACACACACGCGCGCGCUUCUUUAUUUAUGAACUUCUCCUGAGGAGGAAAAUACGCCAAAUCGUUGAGACUCCAGGACGUCUGCUACUCAUCCUUUUUUCUCUCUAAUUGAAGUUUAAACCCUGUUUCCCCCUAAAGGCCCUCGGCGAAUUCUUUUAAAGACCUUUCAAAGUUUACAAAAACCUUUUUAAAGUGCGCUACUAAAUUAUGUAAUAUAAAUAAAGUCUUUAUAACAUUUUUUACAUAAAAUUGUCACAGAAUAUUUGCCAGGAAACCCCAGCGUUACCGGUACGUCCGCCAGGCGGGCCAUGGGGCGGGGGGGGGGGAUACAGGACCAAACGUCACUGUGCCUUAACGUCAGAUUCUAAAGAAAAGGCAUCGGGGGCCAGAGAACCAGGAGGACCAAGAACGGAGCCUUGUGGAACACCACAGGCCGCAGGAUGGUUUGUCCUCAGUGGGCUGGUUCAGACGUUAGCGAGCUGCUGCAGGUACGAUGACAGCUAGCUAGCUAGCUACCUUGCUGUCAGGUUAGCGCUGGUGUUUCCCUCCUUCCUGUUUCCUUCUUUUCUUCCACGUUUGUCGGUUCAGUGUUUCUGGACUGGGAAC